AAGAAGACGCCCCUCUAUGAUUUUCAUCUACAACAUGGUGGUAAAAUUGUCCCUUUUGCUGGAUGGGCACUUCCUAUUCAAUAUACUGGUAGUGGUUUAGUGCAAGAACAUUUACAUACACGCCAAGAAUGUUCUCUUUUCGAUGUAUCGCAUAUGCUACAAUUGACUUUCGGCAAUUCAGGUUGUGUUAAGUUCCUUGAAUCACUAAUUGUUACUGAUGUGGCAAACCUUCCACAAGGUCGUGGUACAUUAUCUGUCUUUACUAAUGAAAAUGGCGGUAUAAUUGAUGAUUUAAUCGUCAGUAAAAUCUCGGAUGAAUCAAUCAGUGUAGUUUCCAAUGCUGCUUGUAGCGAAAAAGUCGUACAACACAUCCAGACAAAAAUGAACCAAUUCAACUCAUCAUCCCAUCAAAGUGUCGAUGUAAAGGUUAUUACUAAUAGAGGGCUUUUAGCUUUACAAGGACCAAAGUCUGCUGUAGUUUUACAGAGAUUAACAAACUCUAAUUUGAGUCAGAUUCCGUUCAUGGGCUAUACGAAUAGUAAUAUUGCUGACAUUGAUGGCUGCUUUAUCGCAAGAGGCGGCUACACUGGAGAAGAUGGAUUUGAGAUUUCAGUUCCUUCGGACUAUUGCGCUAAGUUAGCUCAAGAGUUUUUGAAACAUCCUGAGGUUAAGCUAGCAGGCUUAGGUGCAAGGGAUAGCCUAAGAUUAGAAGCAGGACUAUGUUUGUAUGGAAACGAUAUCGAUGAAGAAACCACCCCUAUAGAGGCAGGGCUUGCUUGGACAGUAGGUAAAGCUCGUCGAAACACAGGUAACUUUCCUGGAUCGGAUACUAUCAUAAAACAGUUGCAAGAAGGUCCGUCACGCAAGAGAGUUGGGUUAAUUUCUACUGGUCCUCCUGCACGUGGCGGUACGAAAAUUUUUUCAAGUCAUGAUGAUGAAAUAGGCAUAAUUACUAGUGGUUCACCUUCUCCCAGUUUAAAGAAGAAUAUUGCUAUGGGUUAUAUUAAGACUGCAUUCUGCAAAAUCGGUACAGAGGUGCAGUUACAAGUUAGAAAUAAAAAAGUUAAUGCUACCAUUGCAAGAAUGCCAUUUCUUCCAUCGAAUUACUACAAUGUUAAAUAA